UAAAAUAAAUUCUUACACAUUGUAAAAAGAUUCAACUAAAUUAUUUUCAGUUUGACCGCAUCUAGUCAUUAUAAAUUCCAUGUGGGCAAAGGAAAACUAUUUGAAGAAUUGAUAGCCCUAUCAUUACUUGUAGUUUUCAAAGAUAUGGCACUAUGUGGUGGAUUAUGGUGAAUAAAUAAAACUGUGCAGUGCAGUGAUACCUAGAAAAUUAGAAAAAUAUGUGAAUGUGCACUUUAUUGCAUAAAAAUGCCUAAAUCUAGAGAUGUAGAACAAGCGAUUCCCGAAGAAGACGAAAAUGCAAGACUCCUGUCUCAACACAAUAACUGGCAACUGCGGUCGCCCAGGCCGAAGAAACCUGUUAUUAAAAAUAAUGGGACUACACCUGGACCUCCGGCAUUCACAGCACUCCAAAUACAGCCAAUUGGGUCAUCGUCGACAAUAUACACGCCAGACUCGACGCCAGCACCCGACUCAGUAGAGUGGUCGAAGCGAUGGAGACGCAACGACCGGCGACUGGGGCGACUGAACACCGAACUGCUUGAGGCUAUCGAGGCCCAUAACGUGGAAGAAGUAGAGAGAUUACUCCAAGCCGGCGCUAACCCCAACGCAACAUGCCGUCAGGACCUGGUAUCAGCCUGUCAUAUGGCAGCUAUGCUGGGAGGAGACUCGUUGGAGCUUCUUCUCAAAUUCGGUGCAGAGAAGUGCAGGCAAGACAGGCUCGGCCGCUCGCCGCUACAUCUGGCUGCAUUCGCGGGGAAUGCCAGACAAAUGGCCAUUUUACUGGAUUUUCCGGAAGAUAUCCAAAGACGGGUGGCCAACGACGACAUGUCCUCCGACGCAGAGGAAGACGUGAAGAAGAUCAGCCAGUUGAGCAAGGAGAUGGUGAACGUGCGAUGCAACGUAAUCGGGGUCGAGACCUUCCUGCCCAAGGCGUGGAGUGAUAACAUCGAUCACGACUGCAUGGAUAUCGAAGGGACUCUGCCAUUGCUCCAAGCUGGCUGGACACCGCUCCACGUGGCAGCUUCGUGUGCUCGUCGCCACUGCACGAGACUGCUGCUGGCUGCUGGUGCCAACCCCAACAUUGAGGACGAGACAGGCCGAACACCGCUUGAUGUUGCCGGCUCAGGAUACUACUAUGGCCAGAGCAUCAACAGCAAAUAUUUUACAGACGUGGUUAAACGGCUAGUCACCGCUGGCGGUCAGUUUUACAGUAUGAAGAGUGUUGGAAUAAACGUAGACACUCCUUUACAUACAGCUGUGGAACUAUCUAACAUGGAUUGCAUAAAUGAACUACUGGAGGCUGGAGCGUCUAUUGCUUGUCUGGAUUCUCAAGGGCUUACACCUCUGCAUGUCUGCGUUAAGAAACAGCUUGAACAAACUCUCAAAAUCUUAGCUAAUUAUCCUUAUAAAGAUGCGGAUCCGCUAAAAGCUAUGGUAGAUGUUAAGGAUAAAGAUGGGUACACAGUAUUGCAAGCAGCUGUCAAAGCCGCUUGGGUUGCGGGUGUAUGCAUUGCUUUGGAAGCAGGGGCAGAUGUCACAAUAAGGGCAAAUGAUGGUGAAACACCGAUACACUGUGCAGCAGCUCUAGGUAAUUUGGAUGUCCUUAAUGAAAUUUUAAGUGUAACCAAACAGAAAGAUUUCAUAGACUGUCAGAAUAAAGAAGGAGAGACGCCCUUAUUUAAAGCUGUUUUAAAUGGAAACUUAAAAUGUGUGGAUGUAAUUCUCAAUGAAGGUGCAUCAAUAAAGCUAACUAUGCCAGGAGAUGUAACAGUUCUGCAUGUUGCAGCUGAAAUUGGUGAUGUUAAACUCUUAAAAUAUUUAUUAGAAUACGACAAUGGUAUCGCAGAAAAUAUGAUAAAUAAUCUAACAGCAGCAGACCGGAAAGGUUUAGGUCCAAUACAUUUAGCAGUUUUAAAUCAUCGCGUUGAUUGUGUCCAAUAUUUACUAUCAAAAGAUGCAGACAUAAGAUUGAGAACAACUGACAGUCCCUUUAAAUCAUCUACACCGUUACAUAUAGCAGCAUUAAAAAACUACGAGGCUGUAGCCAAAGUUAUUCUGGCUCAUGAUAGGACUACUAUACAUGAAGUAAACAACAUGGGUUGGUACCCUUUGCACACGGCUGGUCAUCAUGGCAGUAGAGACAUCAUAACACUCCUUUUACAAGAGGGAGCGGAUUUAUCAGCAUAUACAGAUGGGCCUAAAAAGUUCAGAAGAUCGGCUAUGGACAUGAUCAUUAAUAAUAUAUCAAAACCUACAUGUUUCCUGGAAAAGGUGUUCGAUUCUUACAUUUCAUCAAAUUCUCAAAAUUUUCAAGAUUCAAAAUGUGAAGUGACUGUGGAUUACAGAAUAUUAAUGCCCACAAUUUGCGAAAUGAAACAGAUGAAAGUUAUAGAAGCUCUCUUAAAAACUGGUAACAGAUUUGGCCAACUGAAACUGCUGGUCCACCCUUUAGUAGAGAGUUUCUUGUACUUAAAAUGGAAGGCUUUAUUGCCAUUCUUCUACACUAUAAUUGCUGUUUAUGCUCUUUUUGUUGGUUCCUUAACAAUUUUUACUAUUUCGGUUUUCUUCUACAAAGACACUCAAGAUAAUCCACCUGCAAUAUUGAACCCAAAUGUUUGGGGUUAUUUUGUAUAUUUUACCAUUUUUUUAAUAAUUCUACAGGAAAUCCUCUACAUGAACGUUAAGAGCACAAGAUAUUUCUUACAACUUGAGACUUGGAUCAAAUUCUGGUCGAUAGCCCUGGCAGCAGUUUUACCACCUACAGUUGCUAUUGUAUCAAUAGAGACAACCGAAUGGCCCAGACAUGUUGCAACUUGUGCUUUACUGUGUUCCUGGAUAGAACUCAUGUUUCUGUUAUCUAGAUUUCCAAAUUGGGGUUAUUACGUCCUCAUGUUUGGAAAAGUGGCUUCCAAUGUUAUUAAGAUUCUACUAACCUUUGCAUUUCUGGUCGUUGGAUUCUCUCUCAGCUUCAUGAUACAGUUUCGUUCCGAGAUACCAUUUGAUGGGCCCUGGGCAGCCUUUGUCAAAACAAUGGUCAUGAUGACUUCAGAGUUCGAUUAUUCUGCGUUAUUCGACAAAGAACAUUCCCAGGAACUUGCAACCUCAUUGGUUAUAGUUCGUCUAAUAUUUCUCGUCUUUCUAAUUUUAGCUGCUAUUGUCCUUAUGAAUCUAAUGGUCGGUGUUGCCGUCAAUGAUAUCAAUGACUUAGAAAUUUUAGGGAAUAUACGGAGACUAGUUAAGCAGGUUGAAUUCCUGAGUACACUUGAUAAUUUAGUUUACAAUAAGUUUUUCACUACCAUAUUACCCAGACGUGUGAAUAACCGUAUAAAAAGUAAAAGGAAUGUAACAGGAGUUAUCACAUUCUGCCCUGGUAGGUCAAGAUUUCGUUUCCAUAAAUCUUUACCUUCUUACUUAAAAAACGCAAUCAUUGACAAGGCCAAUGAACAAAAGAAGCAACUUGAAGAUGAAUUUCAUUUAGAAGCUUUCAGAACAAAAAUUGAUGAGAUGCAUGAAGUAAUCACGAAGAGGAUAAUCAGAGAAGUUGAAAAAGUGUAUGAAAAUAAAAAAGAACAACAGUCAAUUCAAAAGAUUAAAUUUGAAGACAUUAUGAAACGUCUUAACAGUUUAGAUGAGAACGUUACAAAAGUCAAAGGAGAGGUUAAGACACACGUAGAAGACACAAAACCUAUAGAUGAAUUAAAUGUUAAAAUGGACCAAAUGUCCUUAGAGAUAGAAACUGUCAAACAGUUCUUAAGUAGAUUAGAAAGUAAACUUGGUAGUUUAUAAAAAAAUAUAUUUAAUACCAUCCAAAGAACUUGUGUAUUAUUUUUAUACGUAUAAGUGGAAAAUAAACCUGUCUUUGAAUGACUUAGUGCAAGUAGCUCACAUA